UGUUUUAAGAUGCCCAUUUUUAAGAAUACCCAAUAUCAAAAUACCCACAUUUCAAAAUACAAUCUAAAAUGCUCAUUUUUCAGCCUCAGACCAAAUGGAUUUUGGAUUAAUAAAGCAACCACCAACAACAACAACAGGAGGAUUACCCUCAACCUCUCCACGUAUGAGACGUUUUGCUGAAAGAUUGGCAGUUAUCCAAAUUUCCCUCGACCCUCCAAGCCCUCCAGAAUUUGCACUUCAAUCGCCCGAUGAAAAUUCAGGAAGAGCUCCUGUCCCUUUUUGGGCACAGCCUGGAUAUGAAAAUUAUUUUAGGCCAAUUGAGGAUUCCUUGUUAUUACAGGUGUGUAUUGUGUAAAAAGGAUGGGCUGGGUUGCUCAAAACUCGAUACCCACAGAACUCGUCUAAUUUUCGUUCCGAAACCCGAUCCAAAACCCAACUCAAGAGAUAUUCUAGAUCUCAAUCCUCGUGACUUUGAUAUGAUGGUUGGCAAUCUAGGAAAAAUCAAAAAAAACUUUCGAGUAGUGCCUUUAACGUCACUCUGGAUCCAUGAAGAAUCAAGGAAAUCCGAUCUUUAUGUAUAUAUCCAAUAUACCCCGAGGGCAUUUCAUUAACGAGAUAGCCUAAUGACAUGCUUCUAAUCUAUAAUUAAAUACUCUCAUAAACUGCCUCCAAUAUUUCAACACAAUUUCUUUAAGGUCCCCAGAGUUUUGGACCAGGACGAUGCCGACCCAAUGCGUGAAUGUUCUCCCCCACCUCGACGAUGUUCUUACGC